AUGGAGGGGACGCUAUUCAUACUUUUUACAUUACCAAUACUGUCAUUAUGUUCUGGAGAAGGCAACAUCCAUUUGUUAGAGGAAGAAGUUGCUGCCGCUCUAAAAUCUUGUUCACAAAUACACAAUAAAGAAUAUGGAAAAAAUGACAAGAGGCAAAGACGAUCAGAACUAAUAUCUUACGAGUAUAAUACACCUCGCAUUGAUGCCAACAACAAACAGGAAGUUAAUCCAUAUAACCAUGUACGGCGCAAUAACAGCUUCCUCAACCAAAUAUACAUUUUAAACGAUACUGAUUACAAUUAUUCGGGUUACAAUGUUGGCAGUAAUGGCGAAAAAUUUAUUAAAAACGUCCCCAAACCUGCAUUGGGUAAUGUAAAUAUUACAAACAAUAACGAUGUAGGCUAUAAAAAAGUUAAAAGAAACGAUCCACUACUAAGUAAAGAUGACAAUGAUCAGUGCCUCAGUCAGUGUGUAUUCGCCAAUUUGCAAAUGGUGGAUUCGCAGGGAAUCCCCCGUGAAGCGGAGAUGUGGAACAAAGUGCAAACAACAUUAGCAUCCCAACAGGCACGUGUAUUACUUAGAGACCAAAUAAGGGCAUGCUUUCAAGAACUUCAAUCUGAAUCGGAAGACAAUGGCUGCUCUUAUUCAAACAAACUGGAACGCUGUUUAAUGCUUCGCUUCGCUGAUAGAAAAAUAAACGGGACACGUACUACCUCG